AUGGGACCUUCUUUGGUUUUUGAACCCGCCCUAUUAGGGAUGCUUUCAGGGGCGAUACAUCCUCUUAAAAAGAAAACGUUGCAAAACAUUAAUAAAUUGGCCAAAGGGGGCGAGGCAAAAGCAGACGAAUGCGUCCCGGGUGGGUGCUUUAAAAUAAAUGUAUUUUCAUUUUCUCGCGCCCCUCUCUUGCUUGCGGGGGGUGGGGGGGGCGUCCCCCACCCCUUUUCGAAACCCGCGCCGUUGAUGCAAACCUCGCAAAGAAAAUCGCUGAAAAUUACGGUUGCAGCCAGCGCGACGAUACGAUAUACACCUUUUGAUUUCUGGACUUAA